GGGCGAGCCGGCCGCGGCUCUUCCAGGUUGACCGCCCCCAGCUCCCCGCCUCCGGGCCCCGGAUCGCGCCUCCGCAGCGGGGCAGCACAGCGCUGCGGCCAGCGAUGAGCGCGAGGAGCCGGCAUGAGCGCAGACAACAACCCUCUCGUGGGCAACCCGCGCGCCGGUUAUGGGACCCUGACGGUAGAGACAUCUAUCGACCCCCUCAGCUCCUCAGUUUCAUCCGUGAGGCUCAGCGGCUACUGUGGCAGUCCAUGGAGGGUCAUAGGCUAUCACGUCAUGGUCUGGAUGAUGGCAGGGAUCCCUUUGCUGCUGUUCCGGUGGAAGCCGAUGUGGGGGGUGCGGCUCCGGCUCCAGCCGUGCAGCCUGGCCCACGCCGAAACACUCGUCAUCGAAACAAGAGACAAAGAGGAUAGUUCAUGGCAGCUCUACACUGUCCAGGUGCAGACUGAGGCCAUCAGCGAGGGCAGCCUGGACCUGCCCCCACAGGCCCAGAUGGAGGAUGGCCGGAGCCAGGCAGCUCUGGGGGCAGUACCAGAGGAGUCGUGGAAGGACACCACCCAGCUCCACAGGAAGGAGGAGGCAAAGCCUGUGCUGCGAUACUACCUCUUCCAGGGCCAGCGAUAUAUCUGGAUCGAGACCCAACAAGCUUUCUGCCAAGUCAGCGUGCUGGACCAUGGCCGCACCUGUGAUGACAUCCACCACUCCCGCUCUGGCCUCAGCCUCCAGGACGAAACUGUGAGGAAGACCAUCUAUGGCCCCAAUGAGAUCAGCGUUCCGGUCAAGCCCUAUCUCCAGCUACUGGUGGAUGAGACACUGAACCCCUACUAUGGGUUCCAGGCCUUCAGCAUUGUGCUGUGGCUGGCCGACCACUACUACUGGUAUGCCCUGUGCAUCUUCCUCAUCUCUGCCAUCUCCAUCUGCCUGUCACUGUACAAGACCAGAAAGCAAAGCCAGACCCUGAGGGACAUGGUCAAGCUGUCCAUGCAGGUGCACGUGUGCCGGCCAGGGGGAGAGGAGGAAUGGGUCGACUCCUGCGACCUGGUGCCAGGAGACUGCCUGGUGCUGCCCCAGGAGGGUGGGCUGAUGCCCUGCGACGCCACCCUGGUGGCUGGCGAGUGCAUGGUCAAUGAGAGCUCUCUGACAGGGGAGAGCAUUCCGGUGCUGAAGACAGCCCUGCCCAAGGGGCCAGUGCCCUAUUGCCCAGAGACCCACCGGCGGCAUACACUCUUCUGUGGGACACUCGUCUUGCAGGCCCGGGCUUACAUGGGACCCCACGUCCUGGCAGUGGUGACACGAACAGGGUUCAGCACAGCUAAAGGGGGCCUGGUAAGCUCCAUCUUGCAUCCCCGGCCCAUCAACUUCAAGUUCUACAAACACAGCAUGAAGUUUAUGGCUGCCCUCUCUGUCCUGGCUCUCGUCGGCAUUGUCUACAGCGUCGUCAUCCUCCACAGGAACAAGGUGCCACUGAAGGACAUUAUAAUCCGGGCUCUGGACCUGCUGACGGUGGUGGUGCCACCCGCCUUGCCGGCCGCCAUGACCAUGUGCACACUGUACGCCCAGAUGCGGCUACGGAAGCAGGGCAUAUUCUGCGUCCACCCACUGCGCAUCAACCUGGGGGGCAAGCUGCAGCUUGUUUGUUUUGACAAGACAGGCACCCUCACUGAGGAAGGCUUGGACGUGAUGGGUGUGGUGCCCCUGAAGGGCCAGACAUUCCUGCCACUGGUCUCAAAGCCCCGCCACCUGCCUGUGGGGCCCUUGCUCCGAGCACUGGCCACCUGCCACACCCUCACCCAACUCCAAGACACCCCAGUGGGUGACCCUAUGGACCUCAAGAUGGUGGAGUCUACUGGCUGGGUCCUGGAGGAGGCACCGGCAGCUGACUUAGUAUUCGGGACCCAGGUCUUGGCGGUGAUGAGGCCACCACUUAGGGAGCCCCAGCUUCAGGUAGUGGAGGAGCCCCCGGUGCCCGUCAGCGUCCUCUGCCGCUUCCCCUUCUCUUCCACCCUGCAGCGCAUGACUGUGGUGGUGACGUGGCCAAGGGCCACACAGCCCGAGGCCUAUGUCAAGGGCGCCCCUGAGCUGGUAGCAGGCCUCUGCAGACCUGAGACAGUGCCCACUGACUUUGCCCAAAUGCUACAGAGCUACACAGCCACCGGCCACCGCGUCCUAGCCCUUGCCAGUAAGCCACUGCCCAUUGCACCCAACCUGGAGGCAGCUCAGCAACUGACGAGAGACACUGUGGAGCAGGAGCUGAGCCUCCUGGGGCUACUGGUCAUGAGGAACCUGCUGAAGCCACAAACGACAUCAGUUAUCCAGGAUCUCCGGAGGACCCACAUCCGCACUGUCAUGGUCACAGGGGAUAACCUGCAGACUGCAAUCACUGUGGCCCAGGGCUGCUGCAUGGUGGGUCCCCAAGAGCAUCUGGUCAUCAUCCACGCCACCCCACCUGAGCAGGGACAGCCUGCCUCACUUGAGUUCCUGCCACUGGAAUCCUCUGUAGCCAUGAAUGGAGCUAAGGAUCCUGGCCAGGCCGUGAGCUGCACCAUGGAGCUGGACCCCUGCUUCAGCCACCUGGCCCUCAGCGGGUCCACCUUCGGCAUCCUGGUGAAGCAUUUCCCCAAGCUGCUGCCAAAGGUCCUGGUCCAGGGCACCAUCUUCGCCCGCAUGGCGCCCGAACAGAAGACCAAGCUGGUGUGCGAGCUGCAGAAGCUUCAGUACUGUGUGGGCAUGUGUGGGGACGGCGCCAAUGACUGCGGGGCCCUGAAAGCAGCUGACGUGGGCAUCUCACUCUCACAGGCUGAGGCCUCCGUGGUCUCACCCUUCACCUCAAGCAUAGCCAACAUUGAGUGUGUGCCAAUGGUCAUCAGGGAAGGCCGGUGUUCCCUGGACACGUCAUUCAGCGUCUUCAAGUACAUGGCACUGUACAGCCUGACCCAGUUCAUCUCUGUCCUCAUCCUCUACACGAUCAACACCAACCUUGGUGACAGUCAGUUCCUGGCCAUCGACCUGGGCAUCACCACGACGGUAGCGGUGCUCAUGAGCCGCACAGGGCCAGCUCUGGUGCUGGGGCGGGCACGGCCGCCAGGGGCGCUGCUCAGCGUGCCGGUGCUGAGCAGCCUGCUGCUGCAGGUGGCCCUGGUGGCUGGUGUGCAGCUGGGGGGCUACUUCCUGACCGUGGCCCAGCCCUGGUUCGAGCCUCUGAACAGGACAGUGCCUGCACCGGACAACUUGCCCAACUAUGAGAACACAGUGGUCUUCUGUCUGUCCAGCUUCCAAUACCUCAUCCUGGCCAUGGCCGUGUCCAAGGGGGCUCCCUUCCGCCAGCCGCUCUACACCAACGUGCCCUUCUUGGUGGCCCUGGCGCUCCUGGGCUCUAUCCUGACGGGCCUCAUCCUGGUCCCCGGCCUCCUCCAGGGGCCGCUGGCACUGAGGAACAUCCCCGACACCUGGUUCAAGCUGCUGCUGCUGGGCCUCGUGGCCCUCAACUUCGUGGGAGCCUUCAUGCUGGAGAGCAUGCUAGACCAGUGCCUCCCAGCCUGCCUGCGGUGGUUCCGGCCCAAACAGGCCUCCAAGAAGCGCUUCAAGCAGCUGGAGCGUGAGCUCAUUGAGCAGCCCUGGCCACCACUGCCUGCCGGUCCCGAGAGGUAGUGCAGGCCUCAGCCAGCUUCCUGAACACUGGAUUUCCCAGGCUCCAAGCCGCCCACUGGACCCAUCUUCCAGAGACACCACCACCACCUCCCGCAGCCCUGAAUCGGUGGUCACACACUGUUACCCCCAAGGCCACCCAGCCUGGCCUUCCCUGUCCCCACCCUGGGGAAGCACUGACUGCUUUUGUCCCCCAGUUUAGAUCAUUCCCAUACAGAGACGCCAGCCACCGCCCCUCUGAGCUGCUGUCAGUGUAGCAAAUAAAAUCAUGAUAUUUUCCUGACUCUGCCGUGCACAUCUCCUACCUG